AUGGUAGAGUUUAAAGAGGAUAAAUCCACCAACAAUGAUAAUAAUGAAUCUCAAUACAAUUUACAUUUAUCAAAUAAUAAUAACAACAACAACAAUGAUGACAACAAUAAUAAUAAUUCAACAAUCAAUGUAGACCAAAGUAAAUUAGAGUUUAAAAAGUUGGCAGCACAUUUGGAAAUGGAAUCUGAACAAUUCAGAUUGGACUCUAACCAAACUGACCUCGAGGGUCGUCCAGCAGAAACCGAAGAGGAUUUUAAACUUCGUAAAUAUUUUGAAGACAGUCAACGACAAGCAUUGGACAAUGGAUCAAAACCAAAGAAAAUGGGUAUUUCAAUUCGUAGUCUAACUGUUGUUGGUCAAGGUGCCGAUGUCUCUGUUAUUGCCGAUAUUGCAACACCUUUUAAAAUGUUUUUUAAUUUAUUUAAUCCAAACUCUUGGAAAAAGUCAAAGAGUUCAACAUUUAAUAUUUUAAAUGAUGUUAAUGCAUUUUGUAAAGAUGGUGAAAUGAUGUUGGUUUUGGGAAGACCAGGUUCUGGAUGUAGUACAUUACUUAGAGUCAUUUCAAAUCAACGUGAAUCAUAUGUUAGUGUCGAUGGAGAUAUUAGCUAUGGUGGUAUUAAUGCUAAAAAGUGGGGAAAGAGAUAUCGUGGUGAAGCCAUCUACACUCCAGAAGAGGAUACACAUCAUCCAACACUUACACUUCGAGAAACACUUGACUUUACACUAAAGUGCAAGACUCCAGGUAAUCGUUUGCCAGAUGAAACAAAGAGAACAUUCCGUGAAAAGAUUUUCAACCUAUUGGUCAAUAUGUUUGGCAUCGUUCACCAAUCUGAAACAUUGGUUGGUAACGAAUGGGUUCGUGGUCUUUCUGGAGGUGAACGUAAACGUAUGACCAUCACUGAAGCUAUGGUCUCUGGUGCGCCUAUUACUUGUUGGGAUUGUUCUACUCGUGGUCUUGAUGCUGCCUCUGCCUUGGACUAUGCCAAAUCACUACGUAUCAUGUCAGACACAUUAGACAAGACUACUAUUGCAUCAUUCUAUCAGGCAUCAGACUCUAUCUACCAUCUCUUUGACAAGGUUAUGGUUUUAGAAAAAGGUAGAUGUAUCUACUUUGGACCUGGUAACCAAGCCAAGCAAUAUUUCCUCGAUCUUGGUUUUACCUGUGAACCUAGAAAAUCAGUUGCCGACUAUUUGACAGGUGUAACCAAUCCGCAAGAGAGAAUUGUUCGUCCUGGUAUGGAGGGCAAUGUUCCAGAAACAUCUGCCGACUUUGAAAGAGUAUGGCGCCAAUCUCCACAAUACCAACGUAUGCUCGAUGACCAAUCCCAAUUUGAGAAACAAAUUGAACAAGAACAACCUCACGUCCAAUUUGCCGAAGAAGUCAUUUCCCAAAAGUCACGUACCACAUCGAACAACAAGCCAUAUGUCACAUCGUUUAUUACCCAAGUAUCUGCACUCACAGUCCGUCACUUUCAACUGAUUUGGGGUGAUAAGUUCUCAAUCGUCUCUAGAUAUCUAUCGAUCAUUAUCCAAUCGUUUAUCUAUGGAUCCUUAUUCUUCCUCUUGGACAAAGAUCUUUCUGGUCUCUUUACCAGAGGUGGUGCCCUCUUUUCAGCCAUCAUGUUCAAUGCUUUCCUCUCAGAGGGUGAACUUCAUCUUACCUUUGUCGGCCGUCGUAUUCUACAACGUCACACCACCUAUGCAUUGUAUCGGCCAUCCGCAUUCCACAUUGCGCAGGUAGUAACCGAUUUCCCUAUCACAUUUGUGCAGGUAUUCCUCUUCUCGUUUAUCUGCUACUUUAUGUUUGGACUUCAGUAUCGAGCCGAUCAAUUCUUUAUCUUUGUCUUUAUCCUUGUUGGCACUACAUUGGCAACCACCAACCUUUUCCGUGUGCUCGGUAAUUUCAGUCCAUCGAUGUAUUUUUCGACCAAUCUCAUGACCGUUCUAUUUAUCUUUAUGAUUGCCUACUCUGGUUACACCAUCCCAUACCACAAGAUGCACCCAUGGUUCCAAUGGUUCUUUUGGAUUAAUCCUUUUGCCUACUCUUUUAAGGCAUUGAUGGCCAAUGAGUUUAUGAACAUGUCGUUUGAUUGCAAAGAUGCUGCCAUUCCAUAUGGCGCCAACUACACUGACCCCAACUAUCGUAUUUGUCCAAGUGCUGGUGCCACGCAAGGAGUCCUUUCCAUCGACGGUGAUACCUAUCUCGAUCAUGCCCUCUCUUUUAAAACCACUGAUCGUGCACUCAACACUGUCGUUGUUUACUUGUGGUGGUUACUCUUUACUGCCAUGAACAUGCUUGCAAUGGAGUAUUUUGAUUGGACCAGUGGUGGAUACACUCGCAAGGUAUACAAAUCUGGAAAAGCACCAAAACUGAACGACGCCGAUGAUGAAAAACUUCAAAACAAGAUUGUUCAAGAGGCCACCAGUAAUAUGAAAGAUACUCUCAAGAUGCAUGGUGGUGUUUUCACAUGGCAACACAUUAAAUACAGUGUACCAGUCGCAGAAGGAACUCGCCUUUUAUUGGAUGACGUCGAAGGUUGGAUCAAACCAGGUCAAAUGACUGCUUUGAUGGGUAGUUCAGGUGCCGGUAAAACUACACUUCUCGAUGUAUUGGCCAAACGUAAGACAAUGGGAACUAUGGAAGGUCAAGCCUAUCUCAAUGGUAAGGAAUUGGGAAUUGAUUUCGAACGUAUCACUGGCUAUGUCGAACAAAUGGAUGUUCACAAUCCAAAUUUGACAGUCCGUGAAUCUCUACGUUUCUCUGCUAAAAUGCGUCAAGAUCCUUUGGUACCAUUAGAAGAAAAGUAUUCCUAUGUCGAACAUGUACUUGAAAUGAUGGAAAUGAAACAUCUAGGAGAUGCAUUAAUUGGUGACUUGGAAUCUGGUGUUGGUAUUUCUGUUGAGGAAAGAAAACGUCUAACUAUUGGUGUAGAAUUGGUAUCUAAACCACAUAUUUUAUUCUUGGAUGAACCAACUUCUGGUCUCGAUUCACAAUCAUCAUACAAUAUUAUCAAAUUUAUUCGUAAACUUGCCGACUCUGGUAUGCCAUUGGUUUGUACCAUUCAUCAACCAUCAUCUGUCUUGUUUGAAUACUUUGAUCGUUUGUUGUUAUUGGCCAAGGGUGGAAAGACAACCUACUUUGGAGACAUUGGUGAAAACAGCAAGAUAUUGACAUCGUAUUUCGAACGCCAUGGUGUUCGUGCAUGUACUCCAUCUGAAAAUCCAGCCGAAUAUAUGCUUGAAGCCAUUGGCGCUGGAGUUCAUGGAAAGUCUGAUGUUGAUUGGCCAGCUGCUUGGAAGUCAAGUCCGGAAUGCGCCAGUAUCACCGAGGAAUUAAACAGACUCGAAAAAACUGACCUAUCUGACCACUCGCACUCCUCUGACUCUGGACCAGCCCGUGAAUUUGCUACUUCUAUUUGGUACCAAAUGUGGGAGGUAUACAAACGUAUGAAUCUCAUCUAUUGGCGCGAUCCUUAUUAUGCUCAUGGUAACUUCUUCCAAGCUGUUGUAGUUGGGUUGAUUAUUGGAUUUACAUAUUAUGAUUUACAAGAUUCAUCAUCAGAUAUGAACUCUCGUAUUUUCUUUGUUUUCCAAACUCUUCUUCUUGGUAUCUUGUUGAUUUUCCUUUGUUUGCCACAAUUCUUUAUGCAAAGAGAAUUCUUCAAACGUGAUUACUCUUCAAAGUUUUAUCAUUGGAUUCCAUUUUCAUUGUCGAUGGUAUUGGUAGAGCUCCCCUAUAUUGCAGUCACAGGAACCAUUUUCUUUGUUUGCUCAUAUUGGACUUCUGGUCUCCAAUACGAUAACGACAGUGGAAUCUACUUUUGGUUGAUUUACAUUUUCUUUUUGUUCUUUUGCGUCUCAUUUGGUCAAGCUAUUGGUGCAGUUUGCAUGAACAUAUUCUUUGCCUUGUUGGUCAUUCCAUUGUUGAUCGUUUUCCUCUUCUUGUUUUGUGGUGUUAUGAUAAGUCCAAAAAAUAUACCUACAUUCUGGAGAGAAUGGGUCUACCAUUUGAAUCCAGCAAGAUACUUUAUGGAAGGUAUCGUCACAAAUGUCCUAAAAGAUGUAAAGGUUGUAUGUACCGAUGAAGAUAUGAUCAAAUUUACCUCACCACCUGGCACAACAUGCGAGUCUUAUAUGCAAGAUUUCCACACUUAUGCCAACGGGUAUUCUGAAACGAUUGGUCCAAACCUCUGUGGAUAUUGUCCAUUCAGUGAAGGAAAACAAUUCUAUGAGGGUCUUGGUUGGUCCGAAACUACAAGAUGGAGAAAUCUUGGAAUCCUUAUCGCUUUUUGGUUUUUUCACAACAAUUCUACUCAAAUAACAGAUGACUUAUUAAAUAAAUUAAUAAACUCUCGAGUUAGAGUCGUUCAAAAAGGUAAAAAAUAA